AUGUUCUCAUCUGAGGUUUUAAAUGAGAUCACAGAAGAUCCAAGAUCGGAUUUAGAUGAUGAUCCCGAUUUUGAUGAUGGCGACAUCGAGGAGUUACAAGAAGUAUCGGUUGGAGCUGAUAGUGAUCAUAAAGACGCUGCUGAUCAGACACUUGUAAGUGAAUUGGUUCGGUCGCCAACUGCAAAAUCGUUACUUUCAUCAGCACUCAGCGAUGGUAAACGAAGUCGAGCAAAACAAAAUCCAUUUUAUAGUUUUGGCAGUGUGCUAGUGAAACGUGAUCCAGCUAUUGAAUCAAUAAUUGAGUCGAGAAAAUAUGUUAUUAUUGAAAAUCCUUAUACACGCUUAUCACAAGUUACAUCACAGGCACCACGACCUUCGGACCAUAAGACAUCAUUUGAGAUUGCUCUCGUAACAGAAUCAUCAGAAUUCAAUGUGAAAGAUCGAAAUUCAAGUGCUCGAAGUACAAAAAGAGCGUCACCCAUAGGAUCAGCUGAAUUGGACAGUGAAGAAUGGGUUGACGGGUUUACCGAAGAAUUCGAAAAAGAAACAAUGCUUGGAAGUGAUAAACCAUGUGUACAAAUAUAUGAAGAAACGUGCGCACGUUUAAAUAUUUGCCCUUGUUCUAUGAUUGCUCGAUCUUUAAAUACAACGGAAAUAAAUUUAGGUAGCUAUGGUCUAGGCCCACGAGGAUGCUCAGCAUUAGCGGCUAGUCUUGUUCGUAAUACUGUUGUUGUAUCCCUUAAUUUAUCAGCCAACAAUAUUGGUAGCCUUGGUAUGUCAUAUGUCUAUCAAAUUCUUACGGAAAACAUAAGUAUUGAGGAUUAUGAUCUUUCAUUUAACAAUCUCGGUACAAAAGGUAUUCAUAAGCUAGCAGAUGGUCUCACCCAAAAUCUUCAUACGAAAACUUUAAGUGUAGCUGGAAAUAAUUUAAAUGCAACUGAUAUUAAAAUUUUGCUUUCGAAAUUAGAGGAUCAUCCAAACAUGAAAAAUCUCAAUUUAAGUCAUAACCAAUUAGAUGAAGAAGGUGGAAAAUAUUUAGCUCAAUGGCUCGUUGAUAAUCAUGUUUUACUUAAUCUUGACAUUAGCUGGUGCAGUAUUCGUUUACUGGGUGCUAAAGCUUUAGCUAAAGCUAUUGGUGAUAAUAAUAAACUAGUAUCACUCAAUUUAUCAUCGAAUAGUUUUACCAAUGAUACGAUUGAACUUAUAACACAAUCUUUAUCACGCAAUAUGACAUUAUACGAUUUAAAUCUGCAUGGAAAUCAAUUCAUAUGUAGAUAUGACAUGAAGUUUAAAGAAAAUCCAUCUGAUUUAACCACCGGGAAAGAAUCUCAAAUUUAUAAAAUGAUGGUAGCUGCUGCAACCAAUCAAUCAUUAAAGACAUUUGAAUGCGGACAAAAUCAUAUCGAUACACGUUGUUUAAUUAUUAUGUUAGAAGCAUUAUCAGAAUUGACUAAUAUUUCACUCGAAGAACUUGACCUAACCGGUUUAUCAAUGAAUGCAAAGCAAACAUCAAAAAUAAAUUCACUAUUUUUAAACCAUCGGAAAUUAAAGUGCUACAUUGGACCUGUAAGAUACACAGCGGAACAUUUUGCAAAUUAUCUCUUAAAUUUAAUACAUAUGUAUUGUGAACAAAAUGCAGUUGCUCUAUCUGACAUGUUUAAUCCAAUUGAAGGCAUUCGUACGACAAUAUCAACAGUGACACAUGAACAAUUUCUUGAUGGAUUAAGAAGAGCAAGAAUUCCAAUUCCAAUGGCAUACAUCGAUGAUAUUAUCAAAUAUUUGGGAGGCGAUAGUGAACCGGGAACAAUAUCUCUGAGAUCAAUUGAUAUUAGUUAA